AUGAGUCAUGAGAUCCGUACCCCCCUCAACGGCAUGAUCGCCACGGCGCAGCUGCUGCUGAGCUCCCACCUCACUCCGGAGCAGCGAGAGUUGGCGGAAACCGUUCUGGAGAGCGGCUCCACCCUUCUGGGGGUGCUCGGGGACAUCCUGGACUUCUCCAAAAUCGAUCACGGCUCUUUGGAGCUGCAAAGGCGGCCCACUGCCAAUCCCCUGCUUGUUAGAUUGGCACUCGAAUAUUUCGUUGUGUCAGCUGUACGACAACAACCAGUGACGGUGCUACUGCUGCUACUGCUACUGCAACAGGUGUUGGCGAAUCUGCUUUCCAACGCGGUCAAGUUCACCGAGCGAGGGGAGGUGGCGGCAGCGCCGGCGGCGACCAACUCCGCCGCCAGCGGCGGCCACGACGGCGGCAGCAGUACUGACGGCGACCACGAUGACGACGACGCCGUCACGUUCGUACACAUCGCCGUGUCUGAUACGGGUAUCGGUAUCGGGAAGGAGUCAGCUCGGAAGCUAUUUCAGCACUUUCGGCAGGGUACGGAAACCAUGUCACGGCGGUACGGCGGUACGGGCCUGGGCCUUGCCAUCUCAAAACGUCUGGCACAGCUCAUGCGGGGUGACAUCUGGGUGGAAUCU